AGCAUUUUGGCUUGUGUGUCCCUUUAAGAAACCAAGGUCACUACUGUCGGCAGGAUAGUCAGUGCUCCAAGGGUCUAAGCUGCAUGUUUGGCCAGUGCCACCUCACAGUCCCUGAGAGACACGAAGGGGCCCGUUGUAAACAGGACCAGGACUGCAGUGCCUCCAUGUGCUGCGCAAGACACCACGGGGAGAUGAUUUGCAAGAAGAGGCUGACUUUGGGAAUGGAUUGCUAUGUACCUGAUGGAGGGCUGGCCUACAGCAUUAACCAACUCUGUCCCUGCGACAAAGGGCUCAUUUGCAGAAACAACAGGACUACUAGAGAGAGGGAGUUUGACUACUGGGGCCAUACCAACAGCUGGCAAUGUCUGAGCCCUGACCUGCCCUAACCAGAACACUGACUGCACAUGGUUGUAUAUUUUUUUAUGUUGUAAAUACUUGAUGUUAUUUAAUCCUAUUAAAUAGACACUUCAAAUGAUUCACUGUAAAUAAUGGCU